GCUCAAUUCUACAAAACCUUCACCCGCCCUAUAGGCAAGGUCCUCGUCCUCGCCGUCUUCACAUACCAGGUCGCAUACUGGACGUGGCUGAAACUCGAAGCCGAUGAGCAUCGCGAAGAAACUGACGCAACGAUUACUGCGCUCGAAACAACCGUCAACGAAUACCAAAAGACGAAAGAGGGGAAAUAA